AUGGCCGAUACUCGACCUACUGUCGCCGAAUUGGUGGAAAAACUCCAUAGCAAUAUUGACUGGAUCAGUCAAAUUGUUCUCAAACUCUCUGAUGAUACCUAUAAUCGCGAAAUCGAACGUCUCUCGCUCGAGAGGGAGAGUGCAAUCCAUAGUUUACGAGAAGAGCGUGUCGAUGCAUUGAAAAAACUCCUUGCCGAGCGGGCUGUUGAAAAAGAAGAAACGGAGAUAAGAAGACAGAGAGAAAAGGAAGUUAUAGAUGAAAAAAGAGCAAGAGAAUGGGAAGAAAUAUUAAUGAGGAGAAAGAAAGAAGAUCUCGAACGAAUACGAAUUUUAGAGAUCGAAGAUUUAGAGAAAGAGCGAAUCAGGAGCGAGCAUGAUGAAGAGCGAGAAAGACAACGAGAAGAAGAGGAGAGAUCUCUAUUCGAAAAAUGCGAAGAUGAAAUAGAAAGAUUAGAAAAUGAAGCACAGAGGAAGAUCGAAGAAGGUCAGGCAGAGUUAAAAAAGUUGGACGAGGAUCGAAAAAUUAUCAACCAACAAAUAGAGGCAGCUCUCAGCGCGCCAACUGUUAUUCCGAAAAUUACAUUGAGAACUCGUCGUCCCAAGACUCUCGAUUUUUCUCGAGCAGGCACCAUCGAAGAUUUACACAAAAGAAGUCAUACAAGUCUGAUAACACCGAAAUCAGUAACAUCAAAACGAGACGCAUCUUCUCCAGGGAAUAAUUUUGAACCUGACACUGGAAAAUUUACGCCGUUAUUCAUGAACCAUGAAAAUCUUGAUAUUUAUCAAACUGAAGAAUGUUAUAGAAAUCAAGGAAAAGAGGAGGCUCUACCUGGAUUGUCUGCGAUAAAGGUUAGCGAGUCUAUGCAAUCGCAUGACCUUCAAAAGGAGAUUUUUGAAACGAAUUUGAGGGAAACUUCAGAAUCAGAAGCGCAUGCGAAUGAAAUAUUUAACGGUCAAAAAGCCGAAGUUUUUUCGAACAGUUUUACUUCACAACUAGGAAAUUCAUCAAAAAAGAAUGAUCAACAAUUCCAUUCUAACUUUUCUACUCAAAUUUUUAGUGGGGAAAUAUCUCAAAAUUCAGUCUUGUCCUUAUCAAAGAAUUUAUCUCAGAAUGAAGUUUACAAAAUUGAAACUGAGAAAGAAUCGCCAUAUGAAUGCCAAAUUUCAUCUAAAGAAACUAGUGACUGCUUUGAUGAGAAAUUAGACACUUCAGAUAUAUCACGUGAUUUAAAAAACUUGCAAACUCAUUCCAAUACCAAAAAAUACAACGACAAUCUCGUCUUUACUGCAUCAAAACCCCAAAAUUUUGAUACAAAUGGCUGUUCAGAUGAAAUUUCAUCGAUUAAAUCAUCGAAAAGAGAAAGCAAAAAUGAAGAAGUAGGCGAUGUGGAUCAUAAAAAGCAUUCAAGUUCAAUAGACAUACCUGAAUGCAAAAAUGACUUCUACAUUUCGAUUCCUUCUUCUGAUAAAACAUCAUCUAUGAUGCCUGGUCUUGUAUCUAAUCCAGGUAUUUCGACCGGUGGAAAUAUUAAACUCACUCCAGCUUCAAAAGAGAAAGAGGAAUUCAAUUCCAUGGUAAAUGAGAUUCCAAAUAAUUUAGUCGCAAAAAAAGAGGCCGAGACUUUGACUCAUGCAUUUACUGAAAUCGAAACCAAAACAUUUAGUUCUAACAUCUCGCUCAACUCGCACGAGACUUCAAAUGACUUCAUGGAACUUUCCAAUGCAUUCAAUUCACUAAAUUCUAUCAAAAAAAGCGAAAUAAUCUCUUCUACAGAUCAAAUACCAGACAUAUUGAAAGAAUCCAUCACCUUUCACACUAGCAACCAAAAGGUACUUGAUUCUACAACAUAUGAAAGAAACUUGCAAACAGUAAAUUCAAAUUUGGAUUCGACUUGUCAGUCCUUUCAUUCUACGGAGAACUUAGGGAUAUCUAGCUCCCAAUUAUUUGAAAUCAGAACAUUAAAGAGCGAAAAAGAAAGUGCAUUGAAAACUGUUCCAUAUGAUAAUGUUAACUCUCUUGUGCUAUCUUCCCAAGACGAAGGAGCCACCAAAUUUUACGAUCUGCAAAAUUCUCAACCAAGCCCCUCCUUUGACGUUCAUAGAAAUUUAACCUCAGACAACUAUUAUGUUGACUCGAAAUAUCAAAUCGGAGAGAACAUUCCACUUGCGUCUAGUUAUCAAAUACAAGCUAUAAAAGAUACCAAAGAUGACAUGGACCAAACCGAUGAAAAAAUAUCACCUCCUCUAUUCAAUGGAAACGCCUCAGCAUUUACGAGUGAGAUCAGAAUUAGUUCAACAAUAAAUAAAGUUAUCUCUCAAUCACAAGACAAGAGCUGGUGCACGAAUGAAGUAGUUAACGCGACAGAAGUAAUUCAAGAACAAGUCAUUCAAAUUUCUGAUGCAAAAACUGAUGAGUCAUCUUAUCAUGAGAUCGAGCAAGAAUUACUUGAUGUAUCUAGAGUCGAAACGUCAUCGUCGAUCAUAGAGACGAUAGAAUGCUCUCAUGAUGAAGAGAAAGUGAGCGAGCAAUCAGAGGAGAAGAACGAAUGCACGACCGAAGUGGUUUACACGACAGAAGUCAUUCGAAUUUCUGAGGAAGCUGAAAUUAAAGACACUCAAAUUUCUGAUGCAAAAACUGUUGAGUCAUCUUAUCACGAGAUCGAGCAAGAAUCACUUGAUGUAUCUAGAGUCGAAACGUCAUCGUCGAUCAUAGAGACGAUAGAAUGCUCUCAUGAUGAAGAGAAAGUGAGCGAGCAAUCAGAAGAGAAGAACGAAUGCACGACCGAAGUAGUUUACACGACAGAAGUCAUUCAAAUUUCUGAUGCAAAAACUGUUGAGUCAUCUUAUCACGAGAUCGAGCAAGAAUCACUUGAUGUAUCUAGAGUCGAAACGUCAUCGUCGAUCAUAGAGACGAUAGAAUGCUCUCAUGAUGAAGAGAAAGUGAGCGAGCAAUCAGAAGAGAAGAACGAAUGCACGACCGAAGUGGUUUACACGACAGAAGUCAUUCAAAUUUCUGAUGCAAAAACUGUUGAGUCAUCUUAUCAUGAGAUCGAGCAAGAAUUACUUGAUGUAUCUAGAGUCGAAACGUCAUCGUCGAUCAUAGAGACGAUAGAAUGCUCUCAUGAUGAAGAGAAAGUGAGCGUGCAAUCAGAAGAGAAGAGCGAAUGUACGACCGAAGUGGUUUACACGACAGAAGUCAUUCGAAUUUCUGAGGAAGCUGAAAUUAAAGACACUCAAAUUUCUGAUGCAAAAACUGUUGAGUCAUCUUAUCACGAGAUCGAGCAAGAAUCACUUGAUGUAUCUAGAGUCGAAACGUCAUCGUCGAUCAUAGAGACGAUAGAAUGCUCUCAUGAUGAAGAGAAAGUGAGCGAGCAAUCAGAAGAGAAGAACGAAUGCACGACCGAAGUGGUUUACACGACAGAAGUCAAUCAAAUUUCUGAAGAAGCGGAAAUUAAAGACACUCAAAUUUCUGAUGCAAAAACUGUUGAGUCAUCUUAUCACGAGAUCGAGCAAGAAUCACUUGAGACGAUAGAAUGCUCUCAUGAUGAAGAGAAAGUGAGCGAGCAAUCAGAAGAGAAGAGCGAAUGCACGACCGAAGUAAUUUACACGACAGAAGUCAUUCGAAUUUCUGAGGAAGCUGAAAUUAAAGACACUCAAAUUUCUGAUGCAAAAACUGUUGAGUCAUCUUAUCACGAGAUCGAGCAAGAAUCACUUGAUGUAUCUAGAGUCGAAACGUCAUCGUCGAUCAUAGAGACGAUAGAAAGCUCUCAUGAUAAAGAGAAAGUGAGCGAGCAAUCAGAAGAGAAGAGCGAAUGUACGACCGAAGUAGUUUACACGACAGAAGUCAUUCAAAUUUCUGAUGCAAAAACUGUUGAGUCAUCUUAUCACGAGAUCGAGCAAGAAUUACUUGAUAUUUCUAGAGUCGAAACGUCAUCGUCGAUCAUAGAGACGAUAGAAUGCUCUCAUGAUGAAGAGAAAGUGAGCGAGCAAUCAGAAGAGAAGAGCGAAUGUACGACCGAAGUAGUUUACACGACAGAAGUCAUUCAAAUUUCUGAUGCAGAAACUGUUGAAUCAUCUUAUCAUGAGAUCGAGCAAGAAUCACUUGAUAUUUCUAGAGUCGAAACGUCAUCGUCGAUCAUAGAGACGAUAGAAUGCUCUCAUGAUGAAGAGAAAGUGAGCGAGCAAUCAGAGGAGAAGAACGAAUGCACGACCGAAGUGGUUUACACGACAGAAGUCAUUCAAAUUUCUGAUGCAAAAACUGUUGAGUCAUCUUAUCAUGAGAUCGAGCAAGAAUCACAAGUCAUUCAAAUUUCUGAUGCAGAAACUGUUGAAUCAUCUUAUCAUGAGAUCGAGCAAGAAUCACUUGAUAUUUCUAGAGUCGAAACGUCAUCGUCGAUCACAGAGACGAUAGAAUGCUCUCAUGAUGAAGAGAAAGUGAGCGAGCAAUCAGAAGAGAAGAGCGAAUGUACGACCGAAGUAGUUUACACGACAGAAGUCAUUCAAAUUUCUGAUGCAAAAACUGUUGAGUCAUCUUAUCAUGAGAUCGAGCAAGAAUCACUUGAUAUUUCUAGAGUCGAAACGUCAUCGUCGAUCACAGAGACGAUAGAAUGCUCUCAUGAUGAAGAGAAAGUGAGCGAGCAAUCAGAGGAGAAGAGCGAAUGUACGACCGAAGUAGUUUACACGACAGAAGUCAUUCAAAUUUCUGAUGCAAAAACUGUUGAGUCAUCUUAUCAUGAGAUCGAGCAAGAAUCACUUGAUGUAUCUAGAGUCGAAAAGUCAUCGUCGAUCAUAGAGACGAUAGAAUGCUCUCAUGAUGAAGAGAAAGUGAGCGAGCAAUCAGAAGAGAAGAGCGAAUGUACGACCGAAGUAGUUUACACGACAGAAGUCAUUCAAAUUUCUGAUGCAAAAACUGUUGAGUCAUCUUAUCAUGAGAUCGAGCAAGAAUCACUUGAUAUUUCUAGAGUCGAAACGUCAUCGUCGAUCACAGAGACGAUAGAAUGCUCUCAUGAUGAAGAGAAAGUUAGCGAGCAAUCAGAAGAGAAGAGCGAAUGCACGACCGAAGUAGUUUACACGACAGAAGUCAUUCAAAUUUCUGAGGAAGCUGAAAUUAAAGACACUCAAAUUUCUGAUGCAAAAACUGUUGAGUCAUCUUAUCACGAGAUCGAGCAAGAAUCACUUGAUGUAUCUAGAGUCGAAACGUCAUCGUCGACCAUAGAGACGAUAGAAUGCUCUCAUGAUGAAGAGAAAGUUAGCGAGCAAUCAGAAGAGAAGAGCGAAUGCACGACUGAAGAGGUUUUUACGACAGAAGUCAUUCAGAAAUCUGACGAUGGAUAUAGCGAUGUAAAAGACUGCACUGAAGAAAUAAAAGGUGAUAAAAACCGCAUACAUGAUUUACGUACAUCUCAUGGAAUCUCUCUUUCAUCAAUCAUCAUGGAAUGCGACCCAAUAGAUGUAAGAGAAAAUCUGACUUCUACCAAUGAAGAUAACAAAUGCAUGGCGGAAAUAGAAGAGACACUUGUGACAGGUGAAUGGAAGAACGUGAUAUCGCUUGACGACGUUCAAAUUUUAUCGAUGAAGAAGAUGAUUGAAGAUUUACCAUCGGCUUCGGAUAGAAUAUCUUUUGAAACAGAGAUCGAUAAAAUUUUCACGAAAGGUGCGGAAACAUCUAAAGUCGGGAUGGAUUUGAGGAUGUCUCCAUCGCUACGAUAUAAGAGGAAUAUUAAUAGAGAUUUGAAUGCAUUGUCUGGAUGGGAUAAAACCUCUAUUCAAAAUUCGAACGAAAUUUCCAAUGCGCAGCCAAGUUCUACUUUGACAUCUAAUCUCAAGAUAUCGCCCAAUACAGAAGAGAUUCAUCCUUCAAUCGAUUCGGAAUUUUUGUCGAUUGCAGGGAAACCGAAAACUUUAAUAUAUGAUGAAUAUCAACUUUGUAUAAAUACAAUAAAUAAACGUGUUUCAGGCUUGAAAAGGAGUCCAAAUCCUUUAGUGACAAAUGAUGGACCUUUGAAAACGGAUUCUAUUGAUCUACAAAAUCAGGUAGAGAAUACAAUAGAUACUGUGAAACUUCAAAAUUUUAAUGAACCAACCCUUAAUUUGAAUCAUAUUCAUACCUCUUUCGUCGAGGCAUGGAGCAGGAAACACCACGAAAAUAAUUUAGAUUCAGAAUUAUAUGAAGAUAAACUUCCUACAUCAUCUGUGAUGGAGGAAUUUUUUGAUUGCUAUUCUGAUAACUCAAAUUAUGAAUUCAAUCCUGGUCAAGAAAGCGAGAAAGAAGCAACAAAUAUGGAAUAUAUUCAAAGCUUUCUAGCCAUGGAUGAAAAACCAAAUGAUUUUAUAACACAUGAGCAGUCUGAGUUAUCAGAAGGCUAUAGAGGAGACAAAGAUGCUAAAAGUAAAUUUCAGCAAAAUUUUGAUGUAAGUAAUUAA